CUCAAAAAAAAAAAAAAAAAAGCUCCUUACAUUACGACGUUGUUUUUCUUUUCUUCUAGAUGAAUCUACUUGCAGCACAUUUUAAUAGUUAGGUCCGAGAGGAGGUACCUUGCCCUUUUUUUUAAUUAAUUUCUAGGGAGACAUGCUGCAUAUAAAGAUUCCUGGAAUGUUGAAAUUCCAAUAAAUGCAUUUUACUUGGCUGAACUACCUUGUAUCAAGAGUCCCAUGUGCUAUUAUUAGGUGCGGAAGGUAAGACCUUCCCUGUCAAAAAGUGCCUUGUUUCAAGCACAAAAUCAGAGGUCAUACAUUACAAGGAACCUCCUCUAGUCAGCUAGCUCCCUCUGCUUGAUAUAAUUAUGAAAGGGUUUUAUAUAUUUUCAAUGCUUUUGAGGUACAACUACUGGUUUAAGUAAAGAAGAGAGCAACGAUGAAAACAAACUCCCAAAUCUGCACAUAAGUUUUGAUAUAGAAGGGGAAAAAAGGAGGAGAUGAAGAAAGAAUUCAGGUGAUGGGAGAUAACCAGAGAAUUCAUCCAGCAGUAGAUGUGGAAGCGCCACCACUAACAGCACCAUUGAUGUUGUGAGGUUUGGUAGCAUCUGGAAAGGGCAGUUCGAGUCUGAGUCAGCAGUAACCUCCACCGUCAUUACGUACCAUUCCAGCAGUUAUGCAGGCAAGUAAGUUAUCACAAACCUCAAGCUGUUGCUGUUGCAAGUGCAUAUGUUGGACAGUAGGUCUCCUUGUCCUUCUACUAGGGAUUGUCGGAGCCACCGCGGGCAUUCUUUACCUUGUCUUCAAACCAAAAAUCCCCAACUACUCCGUAGAUAGCUUGAGAAUAAGUGACCUGAGGCUCAACUUUGAUAUGACCUUAUAUGCUAAGUUCGAUAUGAAGAUCACAGCAAAUAACCCCAACAAGAAGAUUGUAAUUUACUACGAGAAAGGUGGGCUGCUGAGUGUAUGGUACACAAACACUAAGCUUUGUCAAGGUUCAAUACCAAAAUUCUACCAAGGUCACCAGAACAUGACAAAAUUGGAUGUGAGCUUAACAGGGAAAACACAGUAUGGAAGCACUUUAAUGAGGACAUUGCAAGAGCAACAACAAACAGGACGUAUUCCAUUGGAUCUUAAGAUUGAUGCACCUGUUUCUAUCAAACUUGGGAGGUUGAAGCUGAGGAAGAUGAGGAUCUUAGGGGAUUGCUUGCUGAUGGUGAAUAGCUUAUCUACCAACAAUCUGAUUAGCAUCAAGGCUAGUAAUUGCAAGUUUAGAUUAAAGCUUUGAAUUUCAAUGCAUGUAUUGCAUUAGAAUUUCUUUUUUCUUUCUAUUUUUUUCCCAUUUCCCCCCGCUUUCGGCACGCAUUUCUCAGUUGUGAUGAUGAUUUUUUCUAUAUUUACUUUUUUUUGUUU